UCGGUCUGGAAGCUAGCCUAGGUAGCUAACCCACUGCGAGUGAAAGCACGGCGAAGAGUACGCUUCACAGCUCCAUGACGACCUUCCUACAACGACAUCACUUCCCCUGCAGCGGUUGGACAAAGACGUUGGCAGUGACAAAGUCUACGGCCUGAACUUCUACCCUCUUGAAUUCGGCGAAGACGCCAGGAUAGAUUCGUCAUUCAUCUUUUUCUGCGGUCAAACGAUUUGGACACCGCGCUGGCCGCGGCUUUGCCUGGACCUUUUUUUUGCGCAGGGUUUUGGGCUGCGGUUGAUGCCUGAUGAGCUGACUCUGAAUGAAUCAUUCGGCAAGUCCACCAUAUUUCAACCCGUUUCUCUUGUCGUUGCUCCAGACUCGCUACAACGACAUCCUUUCUACUUGGAGCUGAUCAGAAUCUAUGGCCUUCAAUGCCCAGCCGCCAGUCGCACUCCUUGACAGCCUACGACGCCCUUCUCCUUCAACAUGCUGGACGGAGCAAGUCGACUUCAAGGCGUUGGGCUUCUCCGAACACAAAGACGCCUUUGCACUCAUCAUCCACAGCCUUUUGACCCCCGAAGAAUGCGACGAGAUUCGCACUGCCGCCGAGACUAUCGCACAAGGACGGUGGGACGCAGCGCUCGUCAACGCCGGUGGGCACAUGGUCUUGGCCAGCGGUGUGCGGCAUUGCGAUCGCAUCAUGUGGGACAGUCCCGAGCUCGCCGAGGCCUUGCUCGUACGAGUCCGACCGUAUAUUCCGUCCGACAUUGCAACGCUCGAAAACUCCCCUCACAUUACCAGCGAUGAUCCAGUGUGGAGUUCUGGCACCUGGCGCAUGUCUCGACUGAACGACCGGCUGCGAUUCCUGCGAUACCGGCCUGGCAUGUAUUUCCGCCAGCACAGUGAUGGGUUUUACGUCACGCCGGACGAGUCCGAAGUCUCAUUCUUGACCGUCCAUUUGUAUCUUCGAGGGAGUCCAGAGCUGAAGGGCGGCGCAACGCGGUUCUUUGGCGAAGACCGGCCGGGUCAUGUGAACGAGUACGACGUCGACCCAUCCCCUGGUUCCUGCUUCAUUUUUCAGCAUCAUGACCUUGUGCACAGCGGCGAAGAUGUGCUCGAAGGAACGAAAUACACCAUGAGGACUGAUAUCAUGUACCGUCAGGUUGGCCACAUAUCUGGAGAGGCACGCGCAGACUGUCAGACAACGAAGGAGUCGUGAAAAUGUUUGCGCGGCCCAGAGAUGCGCAAUGAAUAGACGCCGCAAUGCAGUGCGAUUAAUGAGAUGCAAUC